UUCGUGCAAUCUUCAAGCAACAUAGGUUGGUUAGGUUGUGUUACUCUGUUAGAUGCUAUAUUAUUCUACUAAAUAUUCAUAAAUAUUUAAUUAAUCGUUUAUAAAUUUCUAUAAAUAUUGUAAAAAUAUUAUACAAUAUGCCUAAAAAAAAUUUCGUAUCGUACAUAAGGCCUGAAGAGCCUAAAUUUUUAAGGGAAUUAAAAGAACAGAUUAACUACAAGGAAGGACCAACGAUUAACACUAAGAGAGAAAUCUUGCCUUGUGUCUUUGAUGAAGAAGCAGAAGAUUUCGAGGGAGAAAAGCCUCUUGUUGUUGUAUUAAAUUCAGGAGAUCUAACCGCCGAAGAAGCUGAAGCUUUUGAAAAACAAAAAGAAGAAUCUACUGGUCCAGCUGAUUUAUCUAAACGAAUAAUAUUCAGCAGAAAUAAAUCAAAAAAGAGGACUUUGGAUUCUGUAGAAAAAUGUAAUAAUAAGAAAGCUGACAAGAGCAAACGCAAUAAAGCUGUCUUAUCUUUUAACGAUGAAGAAGAAGAAGAAAAUAUAGGAUAGAAAGCAUCUUUGUAAAUAUUGUAAAUAUUUUUACUUUAUUAUUUAUCUUAACGAUACUUUAUUUAAAUAGAGUAUUUGUUUAUUUAAAUAAAGUAUCGCGUGAAUAAUUUUUGCUUUGAUUUCAAUCCAUAAGACAAAUUAUCAUAUUGUUUACAUAUGGCACAAUUUAUUUUUCUUACUUUUAAAAAUAAUAUUAUUAAUCCGUUGAUUGUGGUGCAUUCUCUCAUGGAAUCAUUAACAUAUGUGAUGUAACAUUUGCCAUAUCAGUUACUGAAACUGGCUAUCGUACAUCAUUAAGAUCAUUAAUCAAAUGUCAUAUUUCGUACAAGUAGGUGCGAAAUAUGCUUAUAAAGAAAAACAUUUCCUACUAGAUGGACUUAGUAAAACAAUAAAUAUAGUAUAAUAACAAAAAGAUAUGCUUCUUCGUAUAUUUUGAUGCGUCUGUGAUUAUGUAUAUAUACGCCUUUAGUAAUCAAAAAAAUUUCAAUGAAAACUUGUACAUAUAAUAUUGUAAUAAAUGUACACGGCGUACUGCGUGAAAGUGUAAAAAUAUUAUUGAAUAGGUAAUAGAAUUGUUUGUAAGGAUAGGUAUAGCUUAUGUUAUUUUAUAAUAAAUUUGUUUGGAUAUUUUUAUAAAAGUGUAGACAUUUUAUCAGAUAGGAAAUACAAUUGUUUAUAAGGAUAUAAGAUGUUAUUUUAUAAUAAAUUUGCAAUGAAGAAAAAUAAAAAAA